AUGGACUCAACGACGACAAUGACCGAGAGUCCCGUCUUCCUCGACCAGGACAAAUACAGAGAAGAGGUCCUGGGUCUCUCGGCAGAAGCAGAAACAGCGCGGGCGCAACAGCUUUUGGAUGACGCGCGGGCGUUGGGUCUGAAGGUUCCGGAGAUCGAGGCCUCGGCACCACUGGCCGCCUCGAUCGCCUCUGGAAUGCUGGAUCUGUCUUCGCCCGUGCUUUCAUCUGGAUCGUCGACUGAUCGGAAUUCCAUCUGCGAAGGGUCGAUCACCCCAUCCCACGAACCGUUGUCACCGUCCCGGCUCGACGAUGUCGUCUCAUCGUUAUCGGAUAUCACAAUUGCCUCGGAUCGCAUCAAACCGGGAAGUACGAGAUCGCUGGCGUCGCUGUCAACACGACCGACGUCAUACUGCUCUAGCGAGAGUCGCGCUGUGCUGGGAAGCUAUGGAAAUAAUUAUGAGACAUUGUCCUCCACGCACCGAAAUUCCGUGUUGAGCGUUGCAUCGGCGGAUAAGAAGGAGAAGCGCCGGAGCAGCUUGAAGAAUGCUAUUGGACGGAUAUACUUUCGCAAGAAGCGCACACCGUCGAGCGUCUUGUUGCCGCCCAAUGCGCAGAUAAUGGUCACCAAGGACGAGGCAGGAAUCGUGGAUCACGUCUAUUUGGGAACCCGGCGAGACCGGCCAUCUACCAGCCACGAUGGAGAUGCUGUCUCAAGCAGCACGACAGAGUCUCUCUCGAAACUGGAAAUACCUAUAUUUGAUAAAGAGGCAGUUCAGCGAAGCUUGGAUGAUCCGGAAUUGACGGAACUGCUGGAGCGGCAUCGAAUGGAGAGGAAUAGGCACGUUGCAUUUCAAGAGGCGGCACUGAGUAUCCUCCGGCAGCGACAUCAAACCGCCAUUUCAGAACGGCAAGCUGAUAAUGAGCGACUGGAGGAGGAGAAGCGCGAAAAGAACUUCGAGGACGCCAUUCGCAUGGAAGAGCGCCAGCUCGCCGUGGAAAUGGAACAACAACGUGAAUUCGACCGCGCAAAGCAAAACUCGCGCACGCGCAUUAAGCAUAUGGAAGGAUACUUCCGGAACGCCAGUCCCCCGCCUUCACCCGCACCAGGAGCACAGCGCUCCUCCGAGUCUUUCUCUGGGUCCGAGUCAACCACCCCGCCUGCACGUCGCUUCACGCGGCAGCAAAAGGAGCAGCUGGAACAGCAGUAUCAUGACCACGAGACGAUGGAUGCGCUACACGAAUCCCGGAUCAAGGUGCUCAGGGAUCGCCAGGAGCUCAGGUUACGGGGGGCUGUUGCUCGCAUGGAGCGCGAGCUCAACGAUAUGCGCGUUCAGCAUGGCAAAAACGUUACCGCGUUGCAGGCUGAGCACCGUAUCGAGGAGACAUCCAUGAUUCAAGCUUUGGAUAAUAAGAAAGUCGAACUCCGGCAUCGCUGGGACCUGGAAGAAGCUAUUAUGCGCAAACAGCUUGAGGUCCGAAAUGGUCAUCCGUACGGUCCAUUGCCGCCUAUUUCUUUCAGCGGCCUCAAUAACGAGACUCGACUCGGCCACGAGUACUCAUGA